AAUUAAAUGAAUAUGGACUCUCACUCUCUUCUUCUGAUUCCUAAUAAAAAAAGCUCCCCUUUCCCUUUUUUUUUUUUUUUCUUUUACAAUUCAUCCACCCUUACAUUUUCUGUCUUUCUUUCUUUUACUCCGGCUCUUGUUGUGUUACACCCCCAUCUAUUUUAUUUUUUUUGGAUCAUUUAAAAAAAAUCAUAAAAAAAGAAGGGGUAAAAUCAAGGGAGAUUGAUUGUUUCCCGCACAAAAAUAACCCAUUUUGCUUGUUAGGAGAAUAGAUGAAAAAAGGGAGAGGAGAUAAAAAGAGAUAAAAAGGUCUUUUUGGAAAGGGGGAAAACACUAUGUAUAAAAAUGUGACGGUUUCCCAUGGUGAAUUAUUAGGUCCUUUUUUUAUAUAUUUUUAUUUACAACUUUUUAAACUUUUUUUCUCGUAAGAAAAAAAAAAAAAAAACUAAUUAUGACACGCAUUGCAGACAAUGUUUUUCUUUUGUCCACUUUACUUUUAGCAGCUUGUGGUUGGGUUAUUUCAUUUGUAGGUGCCUGUGUUUUUCGAAGUGGUAUUUCAGGUGGAGCGUGGUGGAUAGUGAUAUAUCAACUGUUGUUACUGAUGAGUAUUGCUUUUGCAUUAACGACGAAUACAUAUGGGCACUAUCGACUUGUGAUCCUGACGUUCUUAGCAGCCAGUCUUUCAAUGUUAACAUAUCAACUUGAUUACGCUCUACCCACAUCCAAAUUCAAAAGUCAAUAUAAGGGAGGAGCAGGUGUCUAUGCCGCAGGUUAUAUUAUUUUAAUUAUAAUUCAAUUUUUAUGGGUGAUUGUUUUUGGAAGUGAGUCGGAUAGUUACUUUGGUCAAUUUGGGCCUGGAUAUACUGGGAACACUGUAGGUGUAUCAAAUGCAGCUUCAUCCUCUUCGGAGCUUGUACGACCCAUGAAUGAAAUGACAGCUGAUAAAACUAUGGUUGAAGCGACCACGCCGUAUACUGCUCCAACUGCGUACACUCAGAACACUGCCUAUCAUGCCACAUCACCACCCACACAUCCCGUUGCUACAGCAACCAUCGAACCUAAUCAUAAUAUCGCACGUGUCGAUAAUCAGAUCCAAUACAGAGAGAAAGUCCAAGCUCUCCAUGCUUAUUCGGCGAAUCCAGAUGAUCCCAAUGAGUUGAGUUUUGCUAAGGGAGAAACCCUAGAUAUUGUGGAUAGAAACGGUAACUGGUGGCAGGCACGUAAACUUGAUGGUUCCAUUGGCAUCAUCCCAAGCAAUUAUUUUGCUGCAUCAGCAUAAACUUAUGCAUCUAUCUCUCUAUUUUUUUUUUUCUAUUUUUUUUUUUUUUUUUUUUUUGCGAAAAAAAAAAGAAAUUGCAUAAAUCCAAACAGAUGAAAAAAAAAAAAAAAUAGACAACAUUGUGACAUGUAUGUACAUGUGUGACACAACACACACAAAGUUAUGAAAUAAACCUUUUCUCCCCCGCUCCCAAAC